AUGUCCGAGUUUAAACUGACCAUUUGCUGCAUGGGUGCCGGUUAUGUUGGCGGUCCUACCAUGGCUGUAAUUGCCGCAUCUUGUCCUGACAUUAAAGUCGUCGUUGUGGACAUUUCAGAGACACAAAUUGCAAAAUGGAAUGCAUCGGAUGACAUUCCAAUUUAUGAACCGGGAUUAAAAGAACUUGUGGAUACACAACGCAAUAAGAACCUCUUUUUUUCGACAAAUGUAGACAAAUAUAUUAAUGAAGCUUCGAUUAUCUUUGUCUGUGUCAAUACACCCACAAAAACAAGUGGAAUAGGAGCAGGUAGUGCUGCUGAUACUAAAAAUUGUGAAGCUUGUGCUCGAAAGAUUGCAGACGUAGCUAUGGAAAACAAAAUUGUCGUGGAAAAAUCGACAGUACCUGUACGUACGUCUGAAAGUAUUAAAGCUGUACUAUGUGCUAAUUCCAAGGGACUCAAGUUUGAAGUCUUGUCGAACCCCGAGUUUUUAGCUGAAGGAACAGCUAUUAAGGAUUUACAGAAACCAAGUCGAAUUCUUAUUGGAGGAGCAGAGACUCCUGAAGGACAUGCUGCUGUUGAGAAACUUGUGAGUGUUUACGCUCAUUGGGUACCUCGUGAUCGGAUUAUUACGACCAAUGUCUGGUCCUCAGAGCUGUCAAAACUUGUGGCCAAUGCUUUCUUAGCCCAGCGGAUCUCGAGUAUUAACUCGAUUUCUGCCGUGUGUGAAGCAACGGGUGCCAAUGUGCACGAAGUAGCACGAGCAGUUGGUGCUGAUGAGCGGAUUGGUGCCAAGUUCCUUAACUGCUCAGUGGGAUUUGGAGGCUCAUGUUUUCAAAAGGAUAUUUUGAACCUCGUGUACCUUGCUCAAAGUUUUCACUUGUCGGAGGUGGCUGAGUAUUGGCGUCAAGUCGUGACGUUGAACGAGUACCAGAAGACACGUUUCGCUACGACAAUGAUCCGUCGGAUGUUUAACACAGUGACGAACAAAAAGAUCUGCAUCUUUGGAUAUGCAUUCAAGAAAGACACUGGUGACGUGCGUGAGACGCCUGCUGCCACAAUUGUCAAGUAUUUGUUGGAAGAAAAGGCCAACGUGGCAGUGUACGACCCGCAGGUCAAAAUUGAGGACAUGAUGCACGAGCUCGAGUACCAGGGCGUGAAUAGCACUAGCCAUCCCAUGAUAGACAAGCUCCUCACGGUGUACAACGAUCCGUACGAGGCUGCCAAGGAUUCGCACGCCAUCGCCGCGCUUACCGAGUGGGACGAGUUCAAGACACUGGAUUAUGCCAAGAUCUAUCAGCACAUGGUCAAGCCCGCCUACUUCUUCGAUGGCCGCAAUAUCCUGCCGUACGACAAGAUCACCGAGUUGGGUGCCAAGAUGUACGUCAUCGGCCGCGCUGACGUCAUCUCGGGCGACCUGCCCUUUUAG